AUGGCAGAAAGCAAAAAGGCAUUCCCCCAACCAACAACCGGCUCCACAAAACCAUUCUGGCGAACAUCGCUCCACCCACUAGACACCCACCAAACAACACCCAAUCUCCCAUCCGAGACAGACAUCCUAAUAAUCGGCGGUGGUUACGCCGGUGCAUCAGCCGCAUACCAUCUUUUCCCGGAACAUCCAACUGCAACCCCGCCAAGCGUUGUUCUCCUCGAGGCCCGAGAACUAUGCUCCGGAGCCACGGGUCGCAAUGGGGGUCAUCUCAGACCGGAUCUGUAUUCCAUUACGUCCAAAUAUAUCGAGCGGUAUGGACUUGAAGCUGCGGUGGAAGUUGUUCGAUUCGAGAUAUCUCAUGUCAAGGAGAUAGCCGAUCUAGUCGCCAGAGAAGGAAUCGACUGCGAUCUCACCCUCACCAGAUCUCUGGAUAUUUAUCUCGAUAAAGGGGAGUUGCAGCGGAAAAGGGAAUUUGUGGAUUAUCUCCGAGCCCAGAAUCUCGAUUUCAUGGAUGAUGUAGAGGACCUAUCCGAGACAGAGGCACAGGAAAAAGCACACGUUCGAGACGCAAAAGGCGGCUUCAGCUUCUCCGCCGGCCACCUCUGGCCCUACAAAUUAAUAACCCACCUAAUAAGCCUCGCCGUAUCAAGAGGUCUAAACCUGCAAACUCACACACCCGUGCUAUCAAUAGGAGAAACACAAACAAUCAACGGAUUCUGGCCCGUCCAAACCCCCCGAGGCACAAUCCAUGCGCGAAAAAUCAUCCUCGCCACAAACGCAUUUACCAGCGGCGUAGCACCGCAGUACUCGAAAGCCAUCAUUCCCUGCAAGGGCCUCUGCACUGCAAUCCAGCCUGGUCCCGGGGCGCCAUAUCGGCGUCUACCCGAGACGUAUGCUAUUCGACACGGGCCGGGGGCGUUUAUUUAUCAGAUUUCCCGGAAUGAUGGGUCGAUUAUUGUCGGUGGGGCUUCGUGGAUCUUUAAAGAUGAUUUGGCAGGGUGGUAUGGGAAUUCUGAUGAUGGGGAGUUGAUUGGGAAGGCGGAUAGGUAUUUUGAUGGGUAUAUGCAGCGGACUUUUUUUGGGUGGGAGGAUAGUCAGGCGGAGGUUAGGCAUAUUUGGACUGGUGUGAUGGGAUACAGUGCCGAUUCCUUGCCUCAUGUUGGAGAGGUUCCGGGUAAACCUGGACAGCUGAUUGCGGCUGGGUUUAAUGGGCAUGGUAUGCCGGUCGUUUUCCUAUCCGGUAAGGCUGCUGCGGAGAUGGCAGUGAAGUCGAUUCCUUUCAGCGAAACGGGCCUUCCAAGAUUGUUUGAGACGUCGACUGCUCGAUUGGAUCCGGUUUAUGAUGAUAUUCUUGGAUAG